UGUGUGUGUGCGUGUGUAUGUGUGUGUGCAGGCAACCAUGGUACUAUGGCUGGGGCUUCAACUUGCCGCGGGGUCAGGCUCUUCUCGACAAAUGGAACCAGAUUCCAGACAACACAGACAUCCUGGUCACACAUUGCCCCCCACUGGGCUUCCUGGACUGGGUUCCUAAAAAGAUGCAGCGUGUUGGAUGCAUGGAACUGCUCAACACAGUCCAGAGGAGAGUCCAGCCCAAAUUACAUGUGUUUGGACACAUCCAUGAAGGUUAUGGCAUGAUGACAGACGGCACCACAACGUUCAUCAACGCCUCAGCUUGCACGGUGAACUUCCUGCCCAUGAACCCACCUAUCGUCUUUGACCUUCCUAACCCCAGGACCACAUGACUGCAGACAGCUGGAGCCCAGACCCUACACGUCCACCAGGAGAAAGGAGCCCAAAGAGGAAGUUGAGUGUGAAGGGCUGGACAAAUGGCGGUGUGUAAAUAUAAUCCUGGUGUGUGUUUCACAGAGUGCCAUAGUGGCAGACUGAUGCUUCCUCAGGCUUUCACCAGUAUUCCAUGUGCCAUAACUACUUCUUCAUAUUAACACUGGGCUUGAAAAGCAGAUGCAUGGACUCAUGGAGAGAAAUAUUAAUAUGCAGACAAUUUGUAACAUUUCUGUGUCCUUGCUGCACUGACAAUCUGAUGCUGCUGUUGGAGACAAAAGAGACUUCAUUGUCAGUUCAUUAAAAUUAACAGUGAAAACAGUCCAACUCCUCAUGUACACCAGAGCCUUGGCUGAGCAGCGAUGGAAUGUUUGCCAAGAGGAUUUCACACCACUCUUCCUACUUUUCAAGUUUAAUUUCCCAUGUCCUUCCCAGUCCCCUACACACACACACCAUCCUGUCUCCCCUUUUAUGCCUCCGCUUCCUCUCGUCUCCUUUGGGCCAAAGCAUGCUGGAAUGUGUUUUCUGUGUUUUUUCUUUUUUUCCAUUGGCAUGUUUGCACAUGCAAGACAUCAAAGGAAGUGUACAAGGGCAGCGAGAGGUCUCUGCCACAGGCUGACAGUAUGUUGGGCUGUCAGAUGUGUUGACACUACUCUCUGGGGCUCAUUACAGCCUCAGGUGAUUCUCUUAACCAGCUGAAAGACAGAAACAGAGUGUAUGCCCCUCCCUCCCCCUCUGUACCACAGCUCCCAAUCCUCUCCACCACUCCAGCUGUGACUAGCUCAGAAUGUAGCUGGUGCUGUCUGAAAGCUGAAAGGGACCACCAUUAAACCUGAAGGUGCUACACGCUAACACUGCUGUCCAUUCAAGACAAGCAACGCUGGAACACCGGAAACAGUGGCUGGUGUUUCAGACUCCUCAGUUACUGUGUUUGUAGGAGGACUGGACAACCUAGUUUUUUCAGUCAGGACAGCAGAGCUGUAACAAUACACUGUAACUGAUAUUUGUAAAGUUCCUCCCUCAGAAUAAAGAAGACCUUGAAGCUCUUAAAUGCUGUUGCUAUGCUAUGCUUUUUCAUUGAAAAAAAAAAAGUAAAUAAUUGUGGUUGUUACAUUUCAUUUGGUCCAUCUCUUAGUAAUGUAAAUGCUUGCUGUGGUAUUUAUUCUUUUUGUUUAGCUGUAUGUAUUGAACUCUUUACGUCUUUUGUAUUGAAAAACAAAAAAAGUAGAUAAAAAUUUGUAAAAUUGUUUGGAUUUUUUCAAGGUUCUAUCUUGUUUAAAUAUGCUGAACAUAAGACCAGGUCAUUCUACGAUCUGUCUGCACACCAACAAAGUGUGUGAGCAUUCCUAAGUUUAUUCCUCUUCAUCCUCUCCUGUUUCAUCUUAAGUCUAUUGCACUACUACGACAUCUUAAGGAAAGAUGGAGAAUGUGUUUUAUUUUUUUGAAGUUAUGAAUAUUGAGUAUUUUACCAGCAGCAUAUAACUGCUUUACUCUACUGUGCUUGACAAAGUGUCAUUGUGCUUUCAAUUUUAAGGGCCCUUUAAAUCAGAAUAAAAAUUUCAGAAAUCA